AUGUCGAUUUCGAUUUACGCUUUUCUGAUAAGCCUGUUCGCGCCCUGCUCGUUAUUCGAAUGGGCAAACAAUAGUAACGACCGCGUUUUGUUCGCGAACUUGACGGGUGAUCUGAUAUUAGGGGGGCUGUUCCCUGUUCACCGAAAGGGUACCGGUGGCAACAGCUGCGGCGAGAUUCAGAAGGAGGACGGGAUUCAGCCUCUGGAGGCCAUGCUGUACACCGUCGAGCGAGUGAACAAGGAUUCGACGAUCCUCCCGGGCAUUAGACUCGGCGUAAUAGCUUUCGACACCUGCGACAAUCCUCUCUACGCUAUGGAGCAGACUCUUUACUUCGUGAAAGGUUUCAUAGCGCGGCAAAAUCGGUUCGGGUAUCAGGCAGAGUAUCAGUGCAAAGAUGGAACCGUUCCGGAGUUCUGGAACGGCGAGAUGAAUCAGGUGAUCGCAGUUCUGGGCGCGCAAUCGAGCUCUGUCACUACUCAGGUUGCGUCGGUACUGGCUCUGUUUCCGGUGCCACAAAUUUCGUACAUGGCCACGUCGCCGUUUCUCAGUAGCAAGGAAAGGUUCCCGCAGUUCUUCCGAACGGUACCGAGCGACAUUAAUCAAGCACGGGCUAUGUUGGAGAUUCUUCGUCGAUUCGGAUGGACGUACGUAUCCGUGGUUUAUACGGAUUCGGAAUACGGGGACCACGGAUAUGAGACCUUGACGUCGCUAGCGGGCGAGUAUUCCGUGUGCUUCAGCGCGCCUCAUCGAGUCAGUCAGGAACGAUUCACUGAUGACGAUUACGAUCAAGUGGUUCGAACGAUCGCCGAGAAGACAGACGUUCGAGUGGUAGUUCUGUUUGCGGAAAAGUCGUCGACUUUAAGUGUUCUGAAGGCGGCCAGACGAUUAGGCGUGGGCUCGCGUUUCGUUUGGCUGGUCAGCGAUUCGUGGCCGGAUCGGCACGAACGGACGUCUGUAACAACAACAGUGGAUCGAGAGACGACGGUGCUGGAGCUGGAAGGUGCUCUCGCCGUUCAACCACUGUACGCCCGGCUCUCAGGCUUCGAUGAAUAUUUCACCGGCUUAAAGCUCGAUCACCAACGUAUCAAUCCUUGGUUCCGGGAAUUCUGGAGCAGUUAUCACAGAUGCGAGGACGGUAGAGUGAGUCUCUCUCUUUUUUCUCUCCUCAGAAAAUAGAAGGAGAUUAAAUAAAGAGGUUCGUUUUAGCGGCGCGUGAGCUGCACGGAUUCGAGGCUGAGCAUAAACAGGGGCAACGGAUACAAGCAGCGAAGAUUCUUGCAUUUCGUCAGGGACGCGGUGUACGCUGUAGCAUAUGCACUCCGCGAUAUGCGCCAUGAUCUUUGUGGCAAAGAUAGCAUUGGCCUUUGCGACGCGAUGCGAUCACUCAAUGGAAACACGUUUACUACGUACUUAGAAAAAGUCUCUUUCAAAGACGAAGCUGGAAAUGGAUUUCGUUUCGUGGACGCGGUAGAUGGGCUGCCGAGGUACUCGAUAUUGAACUACCAACGAAUGGCGAACGGUUCCUACCAUUGGGCGAUCGUCGGCAACUACACGCAGAACGAGGAAGGGCAGCCGGUGCUGCGGCUGGAUCGGCAGAACUUGCGAUUUCGCGGCGAACGGAUGGGCGAGUUUCCCAGCUCCUCGUGCAGCCUGCCCUGCGGCUCGGAUCGAAUCAUGGUCAGGAACAAGGAGGACCCGUGCUGCUGGAGGUGUCAAAGCUGCGGCCUUUACCGGUACAAACUGGACGAGCAGAGGUGCGAGGAGUGCGACUGGGGCACGGUGCCCGCCGAGAAUGGAACAGGCUGCUCGCCCAUUCCGGAACAAUUCGUGGACUAUUCGAAUCCCUGGGCUAUUGUCGCCAUUGCAGUGGCCGUUUCCGGCAUGGCGCUAACGGCAUUCGUCUGCUGGGUAUUCUACGAGUACCGGCACACGCCGAUGAUCAAGGCUUCCGGCCGAGAGCUGUCCUUCUUGCUUCUGCUCGGGACGUUCGGUUGCUUCGCGAUGACGUUCGCUGUGGUCGCGAAGCCCAGCGUCGAGAGAUGCGCUGUGGCCCGGUUCGGCAUCGGAUUUUGCUACACCGUCUGCUACGCUGCGCUCGCCACCAAGAUCAACAGGAUCCACAGGAUAUUCAAUGAUCCCGGGCGCAGCCCUCGCAGGCGACGGUACACCAGCCCGAGGUCUCAAUUGGCGAUCGCCUCUAUCCUCGUCAUGCUCGAGAUCGCGUUCGAUGUCAGCUGGUUAUUCAAAGAUCCUCCGACUGUAGAACACUGGUAUCCCACGAGAGACGCGAACGUCAGGGUUUGUCGGGAUUCCAAGGAUGGAUCUUACGUCGCCGGAUUGGUGUAUCCGUUCCUCUUGACCGUCGCGUCCACGUUUUAUGCGAUCAAGACGAGAAAGUGUCCGGAAGGAUUUAAUGAGACCCGGUGCAUCGCGUUCGCGAAUUACGCGACGAUCGUCCUGUGGCUGGCGUUCGUUCCGCUCUACCUCGCCUCCACCAGCAAUGCGGUCAGAGUGAUCACAUUGGCGUUGUCGCUCUCGCUGAACGGUUUGGUGCAACUUGUCUGCCUGUUCCUGCCAAAGAUCUACGUGGUGUUGAUCAGACCGGAGAAGAACACUAGAGAGCUAGUGAUGGCUAGACCGGCUAACUCUUCUUACCCUACCGCCCCAGCAACACCGACCCCACAGGAACCAAACUCUACUUCACCUUCGUUCAUCUCGCGGAACAGCAAUCGGUAGUUCCUUUCUCUAUUGUCUGUUACUAUCUUAUAUUGUUAUUUUCUAGUCAAAAUAACGACGCAUGGAUAUGCGUAUAUUUAAGCAUUUACAGUACUGUUUGCUUGAAUAGCUUCAAGUAAAAAUUGAUAUAUGCAUGUAAGCUCGUGUUAAAGAAAAGAAUUUUGUUGAAAAUUCUUGCUUACUAAUUAGAUAUAGUAUGAAUCUAAAUAUCAGGAAUUAUUAUAUUCCGUUAGUCCGU